UACAGGCGUCCGCAUUAUUCUAAAGGAUGGCAGCCGUGUUCUCAGUAGUAGAGUCGUGGAUGAUGAUGCCAGCAUUGAUACUGGUUUGUUUGGGUCAACACUCCGCAUUACCCUCAACCAGUUGAAUGGUGCAAUUGGACUAGGGGUUAGUUUGGUGUCUCUCUUGGGAUCCAAUACUCUGAUUCCCUAUACCAUUAUACCAUUGGACAACCGGUCUUGUACUCCUCCCACCACAGAGACUCCAAGUAUUGAGACUCCUACUACUAAUAGACCAACUGUUAGCACUACUGCUGCUACUCCAACUAACACCGCCGCCACUACUACUAUUCAGACACCACCACUCCAGGAUCUGUGAGUGGGACACAACCCACACAAGGGCCGAACUGCGUGAGACGUGCAACGGGUUUGAUCAGCUCAUCACGUAAACGUAAUGGAGAUGACGUGCACUCGCAACCCGGAGUGCGACACGGCCAACUGUACCAUCACCAACCCUCCUUCAGCGGCCACACCCUCUCGUUGACGCUUCAUGUCCUGUCGUGUACUCGACCUCGAGGGUUCGACUGGUCGCCAGAAACCCCGGGCCAGCUGCUGAUAGACAGAGAGCUGCGACCAGUCUCAGAGUGCAUUGCAGCUAACUCCCAACACUGUGCUGGACAUGACUGUGGACCAGAGGAACAACAACUCCAUGGCCUCGCUGCAACAGUGAGGCUGAUCUGGGGUUCACUACAAUCAGUAUUCCAAUUCUGACAUACACUAUUCUACCUCUGGAUAAAAGAUCAUGCUCUCCUGAAGGAAUUGUGGCAAGUGUUACUCCAUCGCCUGCCCCUCCUACCCCUGGUGUGGUACCUACCACCAGUACCACUGGCUCCACUAGCACUUCUACCCCUGGUGUGGUCGUCCCUACCACCAGUACCACUAGCAGCUCUACCCCUGGUGUGGUCCCUACCACAAGCACCAGUGGCACUACUACCAUUCAGAGCCCCAUCACUACCCCUACCAGUGCUCCUACAGCUGUCAGUACCGUUGCAGAACCUUCUUCUGAUACUCCCACUACCACUGAUGGAACAUACACCACUGGAGAAAUUACUACUGAGCAACCUACCACUGCUGAUGGCAAGAACACUACAUGUUCCGUGUUGGAGGAAAUAGCUGCCAAUGCUGAGGUCUUCACGUGUACUGCAGACACAACCGAACCUUGCGACACAGUCGACUGCUCUGCAUUGAUUUACACUGCAGAGUUUGUACUCCUGCCCUGCCGUACCCCACCCGCCAUAAGAAUAGUCAUCAACCAGGAGGAGACACCGGUAUUGGACGAGACUAUCGAUCGCUCCAGGGUGAUUGUAGUUCCUCAGUUGCUUGGACUUGUUCUGAACAUAACUCUCGACCAGUUUGAGGAUGCUAUUGGGCUGCAGGUUGAAGGAACAUUGAGUGGCAACACUCUGAAUGUUAUCAAGUACACAGUCAUUCCUCUGGAGAAGGCCAAGAACUGCAAAGGUACAGGUGAAGGGGGCAAAGAUGGAGAAGGAAGUGAAGUUGCAGCUCGGAAUCAGGGUACAUGUGAUGCACUUGACAGCAUAGACGAUGACAGUACAACCCUCACCUGCACCACUAACUCUGUCUGCAACAAAACUACCUGUACUUCUUCAGGCGCUCUCCAAGGAUUGACACUUUGCCUAGAGCUUCUGCCCUGUAUGGACCUUCCAGGUGUCCGUUUCAUUUUAAUUCGAGCCCCCAAUACCGUUGUCAUCGAUCAAGUAGUGACUGAAUCUGUCAGUGGGAUUGAUACUGGAGUGUUUGGAACAACACUCAACGUUACUCUUGACCAGCUUGAUGGUGCAAUUGGACUAGAAGUUCGUUUGACCACUCCUUUUGGCACUUCUACCAUCAUUCCCUACACUACGAUACCGCUGGACACUGAGUCCUGUACCUCUCCCACCACAGUUGCAGCCCAAAACCAGGGGACAUGUGAUGCAGUUGACCGCAUGAUUCGUGGUGCCAGAUCCUUAUCCUGCACCAGAAACACCGCCUGCAAUAAGACUGACUGUACUUCCACUUCUCACUAUUGGAUACACCUCACAAGGAGCUUCUGUCCUGCAGAAACCCUCCAGCAUUUUCAAGAAAAAAACUACUCCAAUUAAGCUAAAUUUGAC